CCAACAGUCAAACGACUUUGUGUACUGAAGUAUCAGUAUCGUUAAAACGUUUGAAAACUAAUAAUUUAAAUAAUAUUAAUACUAAGGAAGACAAUAACAAUAAUAGUAGUAAACGUUCAACCCGUAAAACAAUUAAGUUAACAGAAAACGAUGAUCGACUUAAAAUGUUAAAUGAACUGGAGAAUGCUCAUAAAGUUAUAAAUGAAUAUAAACAGAAAAAUGAAAAACUGGAAGCUCAAAAGCGUAAAUUAAAAGAAACCAUUAAGAAACAAGAAAUGGAAUGUAAAAUACUGAAACGUAAACAAUGGUGUUAUUGGUGUCUGGAAGAAGCCAUUUAUUUAUGUUGCUUUCGUGCUGCUUAUUGUUCGGAAAUAUGUCAGGCACGCCACUGGAAGAUGGUCAUAGUUAAAGUUUGUAAAAAUCAAUCGGAUAGUAGACAAACUACAUAA